ACAGUUGAAUAUACAAAUGUUUCAAAAUAAAUUAGUUUACAGAAAUAAUAAAUAUAUUACGCCUUACAUGGAGACUAUCAUUAACACUACUCUCAUGCAUAUUUGUUGCACGAGUAGAUUAUAUGUUUGUAUCCCAUCAUAAAUUUAUGUAUGAAUUCCAGAUGGGUUUUUCAAAAUCUUAAACAACGAAAUGUACCCAACUGGCUAUCUUAUGUGCUCAACAAUCAUGUAGACAUAAGCUACCUUCUCUCCAUUUGUGGUAGAGAAGCUCGUCUCCAUUUGGGUUCUUCAAUCCAUGCCUCCCUAAUCAAAAGCCCUGAGCAUCAUACCCAUUUGCACAUUUCCAACUCUCUCCUCUUUAUGUACUCCAAAUGUGACAGAUUAGAUGAUGCAGCUAAGUUGUUCGAUGAAAUGCCUGUGAGAGAUGCAGUUUCUUGGAAUUCCAUGAUUUCAGGGUUUUUGGCUUGUGGGGAACUGGAUACUGGAUUUGGGUAUUUUAGAAAGGUGUUUCAGUUGGGUGUUUGUUGUUUUGAUCAAGCAACACUGACCACCAUAUUGUCCAAAUGCAGUGAUCCUGAUGUUGUUAGUGUUACUAGGAUGAUACAUGCAAUUGUGUUUUUGUGUGGGUAUGAAUCGGGGAUAUCUGUGGGGAAUGCUUUGAUAACGUCGUACUUUCAUUGUGGGUGUUUGAAUUCUGGAAGACAGGUAUUCAAUGAGAUGGGUGAGAAGAAUGUUAUUAGUUGGACUGCUGUGAUUUCAGGCCUUGCAAAAAAUCAGCUUUGUGAGGAAAGUUUGAAUUUGUUCGUGGAUAUGCGGAUGGGAUCAGUGGAGCCGAAUUAUUUGACAUAUUUGAGCUCUCUGUUGGCUUGCUCCGGUUUGCAGGCACACAAGGAAGGAAGUCAGAUACAUGGCAUUGUUUGGAAGUUGGGUUUUCAAUCAGAUCUAUGUAUUGAGAGUGCGCUGAUGGACAUGUAUUCUAAAUGUGGAUACAUAGAAGAGGCACUGCAAAUAUUUAAUUCUGCUAAGAUACUUGACGAGGUUUCCAUGACUGUAAUUCUUGUAGCAUUUGCACAGAAUGGUUAUGAGGAUCAAGCUGUCCACAUUUUUGUGAAAAUGGUAAAGUCGGGUGUCAAGAUUGACCCAAACAUGGUGUCUGCGGUGCUUGGGGUAUUUGGUAUUGAUACUUCAUUGGCUCUUGGUCAGCAAAUCCACUCCUUAAUUAUAAAGAGAAACUUUGAUGCUAAUAUAUUUGUUAGCAAUGGCCUAAUUAACAUGUACUCUAAAUGUGGUGACUUAGAGGAGUCGAUCAAAGUCUUUGAUCAGAUGCCUCAAAGAAACUCAAUUACAUGGAACUCAAUGAUAGCUGCUUUUGCUCGUCAUGGCAAUGGUUAUGAAGCGCUUAAAUUUUACGAGGAAAUGAGAUUAGAAGGUGCAGAGCCAACAGACAUUACCUUUCUGUCUCUUCUACACGUAUGUAGUCAUAUCGGAUUAGUAGAGAAGGGCAUGGAGUUUCUUGUAUCGAUGGAGAGUUUAUAUGGUUUGAGUCCAAGAAUGGAGCACUACGCCUGUGUUGUUGACAUGUUAGGUAGAGCAGGGCGUCUUAUGGAAGCUAAGAGCUUUAUUGAAAAAUUACCUGUAAAACCAGGUGUAUUAGUUUGGCAAGCAUUGCUCGGAGCAUGUAGCUUUCAUGGUGAACCAGAAAUCGGAAAAUAUGCAGUCGAUCAGUUGUCUCUGGCAGCACCCUGUAGCCCAGUAUCCUACACUUUACUUGCAAAUAUAUAUUCAACAUGUGGGAGAUGGAAAGAGAGAGCAAAAACCAUCAGAAAGAUGAAAGAAAUGGGGGCAGCAAAAGAAACAGGACUUAGUUGGAUUGAAAUCAAUAAGACAGUCCACAGUUUUGUGGUUUAUGAUCAAAUGCAUCCCCAAAGUGAUGACCUUUACAAAAUUUUGUUAGAAUUGUUUAAGCAUAUGAAAGAUGAAGGCUAUGUACCAGAUAAAAGAUUUAUACUACAUUACUUGCAUGAAAAAGAAGGAGCAGAGCAUUGACUACAAUUUAUUUUC